AUGGAAAGAAAUAAUGGUUCCAUGUUGACAGAAUUUAUCCUCAUUGGGCUUUCUGCCCAUCCAAAGCUACAGACAGUUUUAUUUGUUCUAGUUGUAUGGAUGUACCUGAUUAUCCUGCUGGGAAAUGGAAUCCUUAUCACAGUAAUCAUCAAUGAUUCCCACUUACACACCCCUAUGUAUUUUUUCCUCUGUAAUCUUUCCUUCUUGGACAUUUGCUACACAAGUUCUUCUGUCCCAUUAAUACUUGAUAAUUUUCUGACAGUGAGAAAAAGGAUUUCAUUCUCUGGGUGCCUGGUGCAAAUGUUUCUCUCAUUUGCCAUGGGGGCCACAGAGUGUAUACUUCUAGGCAUGAUGGCACUUGAUCGCUACAUAGCCAUCUGCUACCCACUGAGAUACACUGUCAUCAUGAGCAAAAGUGUUUAUGUGCCCCUGGCAGUAGGAUCCUGGGUUGCUGGGUUUGUUGAUUCAAUGGUGCAGACAUCUCUUGCAAUACAAUUAUCAUUCUGCGCAAAUAAUGUCAUUUAUCACUUUGUCUGUGAAAUUCUGGCUAUCCUAAAACUGGCCUGUUCUGAUAUUACAAUCAAUGUGAUAAGCAUGGCAGGGUCAAAUCUGAUAUUUCUGGUUAUUCCACUGUUAAUAAUUUCCAUCUCCUACAUUUUUAUUGUUGCCACUAUUCUGAUGAUCCCCUCUACUGAAGGAAAGCGUAAGGCCUUUUCCACCUGCUCAGCUCAUUUGACAGUGGUGAUUAUAUUCUAUGGAACCAUUUUCUUCAUGUAUGCAAAGCCCAAGUCUAAAAACUCAGCCGAUAACCAAGACAUCUUUGACGCUCUCAUCUCCCUCUUCUAUGGAGUGGUGACCCCCAUGCUGAAUCCUCUCAUCUAUAGUCUGAGGAACAAGGAUGUAAAGACUGCUAUGAAGAACAUGCUGUACAGGACAAAGUUCUCUGACAGGAUAUGA